GGCUCCACCACAACCAGCAAACUUCCUGCUCCGCACGAAGAGGGUUAAAUACAAAGUUUGUAUUUUCGGAUGUAAAAUAUCCGGAUGAUAUAUAUUUAUAAUAUAUAUAUAUAUAUAUUUGUUGUGUCGUGGUUGGAGUCAGUGCACUGCGUGGAGGCUCACCUCAUUUCCCGAAGUGGCAUAUUCAGGUUUUGUGGUGGAAUAUUAACUUAAAGUCUGCCUUUAAGAGCAUAAAUAACCGAGGCUUUACGUCCGUGCCACCAAAGAGCGGAGAAGAGUGGGACGGACUUGGAUGACAGUCAGGAGCUCCCGCUGCAGAAGCAGAGAUCCAAAAAUUUCAGCAGCUAAAAAAAAAAAAAAGAAAAAAAAAGAGGGACAGCAACAUGACGAAGAAACUGUGUGGGACCAAUUAUCCAACCAGCAUCUGCUUCGUAGUGGUGAAUGAGUUCUGUGAACGCUUCUCCUACUAUGGCAUGAAAGCGGUGCUGACCCUCUACUUCCUCACCUACCUUCAUUGGGACAAGGAUCUCUCCACUGCUGUCUACCAUGCUUUCAGCGGCCUCUGCUACUUCACACCCAUACUGGGAGCUCUCAUCGCUGACUCCUGGCUCGGAAAAUUCAAGACCAUCAUCUACCUUUCCAUUGUCUAUGUGAUCGGCCAUGUGGUCAAGUCGGUUGGAGCCAUUCCCACUGUGGGAAACACCGAUGUGCACAUUGCUCUGUCCAUGAUAGGUCUGAUACUCAUAGCCUUUGGUACCGGAGGAAUCAAACCCUGCGUGGCUGCAUUUGGAGGAGACCAGUUUGACGAUGAGAAUGUCAGCGAGAGGCAGAAAUUCUUCUCCAUUUUCUACAUGUCAAUCAAUGCUGGGAGCCUCCUUUCUACUGUGAUUACACCCAUACUGAGAAGUGAUGUGCAGUGUUUCGGUGGUGACUGCUACGCUCUAGCCUUUGGGGUUCCUGCCGCUCUGAUGGUCGUGGCUUUAGUUGUGUUCAUUGCUGGCAGCGGGCUGUACAAGAGGAAUCCUCCCCAAGGAAACAUCCUGUUGGAAGUCUGCAAUUGCAUUGGAUUUGCCAUCAAAAAACGCUGGAGCCGCUCGAAGCAUGACCCUCAGAGGAAGCACUGGUUGGACUGGGCUGAGGAGAAGUACCCGAAGCGUCUGAUCCAGGAAAUCAAGAUGGUGCUGAGGGUUUUGGUGCUUUACAUCCCGCUGCCAAUGUUCUGGGCUCUGUUCGAUCAGCAGGGUUCCCGCUGGACACUUCAAGCCACAAGGAUGAACAUGGCUUUUGGAGAUGCCUUCACUAUUAAGCCGGACCAGAUACAGAUGUUGAAUGCUCUGCUGAUUCUUGUCUUUGUGCCCAUCUUUGACCUCAUCAUAUAUCCGCUCGUUGGCUUCUGCAGAAUCAAUAUCACGCCUCUAAGGAAAAUGGCCACAGGGAUGAUUUUUGCCGCUCUGGCCUUUGGAGCAGCCACACUGGUGGAAGUGAAUGUUGUGAAAACAGUGGUGGAUCCUGCACCUGCAGAGAAAUGUCUUCUGCAGGCCUUCAACCUGGAAAAAGGUAAUAUCAGUGUGAAGAUCCCUGGCAGCGACCUGUUUCCAGAGCCGAUCCCGUACCUUCAGGACCCUCCAAAAUAUGAGAUGCUUCCACUGGGGGUCUCCAGCAAGGAACUGACGAUUACAGUCACCAACAAUGGAAACACCUCAGAGUGUAACCAGAUGUUUAAACAACAGACGGCCUAUAGUCUCUUCUUCUACUCCAACACUACUGGAGUCCAGUGUCAACUUGUGGAGGACUUCAUAAAGAAAAAUGAAGAUGGGAAUCCUCUUCUGAGGUUCGUCAACACACAGCCAGAAGCUAUAAACCUAACUGUUGGAGAUGUGACUUUCCACCUGUCCCCUGGUUACACCGUAUCCCACAACAAGACUGUGGAUCGGGGAGAAUACCCAAAUGUCAAAUGCAGCAUCCAGUCAGAGAAGUGCUCUAAUCUUGACCUGGGCCUGCUGGACUUUGGAGCUUCCUACACCGUCAUACUCACUGAGGAAUCAGGUAGAAUUGUGGCUCACAAGAUGGAGGACGUGAAAGCCAACAACGUGCACAUUGCCUGGCAGAUCCCUCAGUAUGUCCUCAUAACUGCUGGAGAGGUCAUGUUCUCCAUUACAGGCCUGGAGUUCUCCUACUCACAGGCUCCAGCCAACAUGAAGUCAGUCCUGCAGGCCGGCUGGCUGCUCACUGUUGCAUUUGGAAAUGUGAUAGUACUGAUUGUGGCUGAGGGGGCGGGACUGGAGCAGUGGAAAGAGUUCCUGCUGUUCGGCUGCCUGCUGCUGGGCGUCUGCAUCAUCUUCUCCAUCAUGUCCUACUUCUACACCUACGUUGACCCUGAUGAGCUGGACAAGAUUUACCUGGAGGAUUCAGGGAAGGAGGAAGAUGACGAUGACAACAUGAAGAAAAAAUCUAACGACAUAAACCUCAACAAAACGGGGAAGAGCACCAGAUUAUAAUUGUGCCACAUUACAUACAUCGUCGUCUUUUCUGUAGCUGAGAUCUGGACGACAAAAGGUGAGGUAUUGGAUGAGACAAGCAGCCAUCAUGAGAAGGUAACCUGUUUAAAUUCUAUUUUUUUCCUCCAUGUUUUUGGUUUAAGGUACUCUUUAUUGAAAAAAUGAAGCACUAAAAUGGAAUUGUUGGGCGUUUCCUGUGGUUGGAAGUCCAGCAUUUGUUUGUGACAUCAUUUAAUAUAAUAUGUGAAACCGUUAACACUCCAGUCACUUCAAGAUUUAUAGCCAGAAUACAGGAAUACAUUUUAUGAAUGAGACUGAAUACAUGAAACAGUGUUUAAAAGAGGCUAAAUACUGUGUGAUUUCCCUCAAUAUGAUCAAUAGUGUUAUUACAGGUUAAUGUCAGAUAAUAUAUGCUGUGUAUAUUUGUUCCAUAUUAACUCCAUGUAGAAAUUAUAUAUUUUCCAUGACACUAAAUAAUAAGUAUAACCUAUACUGUCUUUGACAGAACAUGUUGGAGAAAUGGUUAAGUUUACAUUGUGCGCCUAUAACAAUGACACUAAAGGACAAUAGUUACUUGUGGUUUUGCACAUUAUAAGCCAGUAAUUAAAAAUUCAGCAUAUGUAACAUUACUAACCAUUUCCCAAAGCACACCAUGUUUUUUAACUGGUUUUCUGCCAUAAAGGGAGCCACUAGAACACUCUAAAAUCACUUUUAUGUUUUUUAUGGUCUUUAUUUUUUUUAAUUUACCUUAUUAAACCUUCAUUUGCGAGCCUGGAUUGUUAUGAAAACUCUGCUUGUUCAGUCGACGACUUAGAUUAGUAUCUGGCAGCAACCUUUAAUUGUAGGAAAGAACGUAACCCAUAUUAUUGCCAUGCAGUACUUUAAAAAUUCUAACUCGUGGAAGUUCACUGUGAGGGACAGACUUUUGCAAGUCCCUGCAAGUUGAACUCAAAUCAGUUAUUGCCUAGCAGGUGGGAAAUCUAAAGAUUUAUAGAAAAUACUCAGUAUUGUAUUGUAUAUUUUCCAGUAUUGGAAAGUAUAAAAUACUACCUUACUUAACUACUUAAAUACUUAUCUUUUUCACAGAAGCUAUUUUGACAUGUCACAAUAAGAAAGGCACAGGCGGAAAUAAUAAAAUUAUUGAUGGAUGAAUUCCAUUCAGCUGCUUCAGUUUCAGGGUCCUGGUAUUGUAAAUGUUGGUCCACUGCCACGGUUACUGGGAUACUUGAAUAGAACAAAGCCAUCAUUUUAAUAGUAAUACCUGUGCUUUUCCUACAAUAAGAAGUCAAAAUGUCUGCUGUGAAAAAAGCUUAUUGAAAUGUAUUGUUACUGUGAUUUGUCUAUGUGCUAGAUUCAGGGAAAGUAUAAAUUAUGCUGCUCCCUCUUAAGUUCUGUAAAUAGACUGUUGUGACGCUGAAACUUGUUUUUGUGCUGGUGGAAAUUUUAAUGAAG